UUCAUAUGUUCAUUCCAUUGAACACAUUGACCAGCAUCGAUCCAUCUCUCAUCUAUCUAUGUGUCUGUUGUGUGUGUCCGUCCGCUUAAACUGAUGUCAUGGCUAUACACAACACCCAAAGACGCUCACACACACCACACACAGAGACAGAGAUGCUUUGUCGCUCAAAGACGCCUUGACCCGUCACGCUAUACAGAGAGAGAGGGAGAGAGGGCAAAACCACAGACACACGCACAAGGACACGGACGCAGACGCUGUAUGUCAAAAAUACACACACCACACCACAGCACAGCACAGCACACCACGGAAUGCAGUCGAGAAUGCACGUAUGUCUGUACGUGCCAUCCAUCCAUCCAGCCAGCCACAUAUUGGAUAAAACGACGGAUGGAUCCGCCGACCCAUUAAGUUACGGCUCGCACCCACAUGGCGACAGACCCUUUAAUCAUCAAAAAGUCCUUUCCCUCCCCUCCACACACACACAUACACGCCCUCACACACAUGUCUUUACUCACUGGCUGGCCUCUUUGAGGCAUUUGCACCCGCCCCACCACCCACAGGCAUGGACAUGCACUGGCUGAGGGUCUCCCUGAGCGCCCUGGCCUUCAGCAGCAUCUCCUCGUACUCAUUGCCCACCUCACUCAAGGCGACUAUCGCGCCACCGGCACCCACACGCACCUGAACACACACACGUAGCCAGAGAGAGGGGCAUGACAUUGCAUAGGGGAGGGAAGGGGAGUUGCUUACCUGUGAGUGUGUGACGACGGCUGUGCGAAUGACGAUGUUGAGGUCGAUGGCGCCGUUGACUGAGAGGUACCCAAUGCUGCCGCUGUACACACCUCGGGGGCGGCCCUCCUCCAAUCUAACCACACACACAUAUUGGAGGCUAUGUUGUCUCUCUCUUUCAGUGUGUGUUGGUGUCAUACUUGUGAAUGAGCUGAAUGGUCCUGUGUUUGGGUGCGCCUGUCAUCGACCCGCCUGGGAACGCCGCCACGACUGCAUCGAGCGGGCAGUACUCUGAAGCCCUGCACACACCCACACCCACACACACGUAUGGGCAAUAUACAUUUGUGUGUAUGGAGGGGUGGAUGUGGGUCGAGAAUGGUCGACUGGACUGACUUGAGCUGUCCCCGAAUGGUCGACACGAGCUGGUGGACGGUGGCGUAGCUCUCGACAGCCAGCAGAUGGGGCACCUCCACCGAACCCUCCACACACACGCGCCCUGACCAACACACACAUCCAUCCAUCUAUCCACCCACCCACACACGUGUCAUCUCCCUCACCCAGGUCAUUCCUGACAAGGUCCACAAUCAUGAGGUUCUCCGCGCGGUCCUUCUCGCUCCCCCUCAGCCCGUCUGCGAUCCGCCGGUCGUUGGCAGGGUCGUGCAGGUCCCUGGCUGCGGUGCCCUUGAUGGGUUUGGACUCGAUCAGCCCGGAUGGGGUGACGCGCAGGAACCGCUCGGGUGAGGAGCAGCAGAUGGAGAGCCCCUGACACCUUGAGGACGGCUGAAUGACAAUUGCAGAGAGCGAGGGCGUUGCACACUUCGACAAAGGAGGCAUGAAUGUGCACCUUUCACCCUCCCUCCCUCCCUCCCCCCCUCCCUCUCUGUCUGUGUGUGUGUGCUGUGAAUGCGUCCGUACCGAUUUUGGCUCAUAUCUGAUGUAAGCCGAGUACGGCGCGGGGUUGCGCCUCCUCAGCAUGCAGUAGAGGUCCAGCGGCCGCUCCACACGCACCCCCUCAGCAAUCAGCUGGUUGGUCAGACACACCUCAUAAGUCUCGCCCUCGUGAAUCCACCCAAGACACUCCCGGAUGUUCCGCUCAUAGACAGCCCUCGGCCGAUCUGGCGUCAGCUCAACCUCCACCCCCACAGACGCAGAUCUGGUGGCUUGUAUGGCCGCGUGGGGCGGUUCUGCCUCCUCGGUUGGGCACAAUAGCACCAUCUCCCACAUGCUGUCCACCCAUUGCUGCUGCAUGGCCGCCACACGCGCAUCAGGCACCCCACCAUUGGGCCGCAGGGCGUCCAUCGGUGGGACCUCUGCGGUAUCAUCCACAGUCGCCAGCGGCACCAAAGUGACCAGGUAGACGCGGCCGAGAAGGUGGUCCAACACCACAAGUCGGUCGACGAACAUCCACACGGCCAGGGGGGUGGACGUGGGCGUGUCUGAGGCCGACAGUGGUCGAUGGUCAUCCUCAUCACACGAAGAUGAGCACUCGCUUUCGCCUCCUUGGGGAUUGCCGGAGGUCUCGCGGACGAGCUCAGCGGGUGGAGCGGGUGUUGCUACUACAACUGCUGCUGAUGCUGUUGCCGCCUGCUGAUGUUGGGGCAUCUCCUUCUUCUGCACCAGCUGCCGCAGGUGCCUGCCGGUCUCGUGGCGCAUCUCGUAGGCAAACCACCCCACGUACCCGCCGCAAUAAUCGAACGGCAGCUCACAAAGGUCGCCAUCCACCGUGACAUUGGCCAUCCGCCGUCUCAGGAAGGUCAGGAGGCCGCUCCUCAGCUCCAUUGCCGAUACUCCUUCUCCUCCUGCAUCGUCUCCCCCUCCCCACCGAAUGCUGCCUCGCCCGUCGCCCCAGUACUCGACCCUCUCCGCCAGAGGCCCGUCAGGCACACCCAUGUAGGAGAACCGCCCGUUCUGCCCGCCACGCAUACUCGAGUCCAGCCAGAAAGACUCGGCCGCUCGUGAGAAAGCCCGCCGAAAGAGGGUCUGCUCGUCGCAUUGCGUGUCGAUCGACGUCACGUUGACGCGAAGGCUGACGGGCGGCUGGUGGUGGGCGCUGGGGGAGAGGGGGACAGAUGGGGCAAGGGGGAGGGGUGCUGGUGCUGGUGCUGGUGUGUGUGGGAUGGCGCUGGUGCCUCUGAGUUGGGAGGCCAGGUGGAAGCGGACGGUGAGGUCGCGGAAGUUGCGGAGCAGCUGCACGCCACACGAGGUGCCCACAGACUCUGAACAAAUGGACACCCAUUCAUCCACACAUGAACGUAAAGGCCUUUGCUCGAACUCACUCGCCCAUUGACUGACUGACCUGGGUGGAACUGGAUGCCGUAGAGGGGCUUGGAGGUGUGCUCCAGGCCCAUGAUGACACUGCUGCCGUCAUCUGGCCCGUCCAGCCAACACGUCGGCCGCAGACAUGACGGCAAGCUACACACACACACACACACACACACACACAGAAGCCAUAGACACGCACACACAGAGAGAUGGAGAAAGGCGCUAUAGACGAAUGGCUCAAUGCGUGCGUACCUGUGUGGGUCAACGCACAGGGAAUGGUAUCUCACAACCGGCGACGGCGAUGGGAUGCCGUCGAACAGACCCCCACCUCCACACGACGUGGUGUCGAACCGCACAUUCGACAGACGGCCAUGCAUCACCUCUGGCGCACACACGACCUGAACAGACCAACACACACACACACAGCCGUUCAUCUGUCUGUCUGUCUGUCUGCCUGUCCGUGUGUAUAGUAUAUGUGUGUGGCCGCGUACCUUUCCGCCAUAGACGUGUGCGAUUCCCUGGUGCCCCAGGCACACCCCCAGUGUGGGCACGAUGCCCUCCUCCAAUGCACCACGACACAAACCGAAGUCAUCCGCAGACUCGGGACGCCCGGGACCCUGCACAACGCACACACAAACACAGAAACCACUCCAAAUGCCACGAUCUGCGCAUCUGUCCAUGCCCUCAUUCGCUGCUCAUUGACUCACCGGCGAGAUGACGAUGUUGUGCACGAAUGGGUAUCGCCGUCUGAGCUCCUGCCAGUCGGCAUUGAACGCGUCAUUGUACACGACGAUGGGCGGAAUGCCAUUGAGGACAGCAAGGAUCUGGUAAAGAUUGUACGUGUAGGAGUCGUAGUUGUCGAUCAGCAGCGUCAGCACACCCGGCCUGCUCUGCUGCUGCUGAUGGUGGUCACGCUGUCCAUGUGCGUCGCAUGAGACCAGGGGAGGCGACGACGGAGGCAGAUCGUUGACGUGAUCUUUGGCCAUCUCUCCGACGCUG